AUGAAGAACCAUACAAGGCAGAUGCAGAUAGAAUUUAUCCUUUUGGGACUGACGGAUAAUUGUCAGUUACAGAUUGUAAUUUUCUUUUUUCUACUUCUAAAUUAUGUGUUGAGUAUGAUGGGGAACUCAACCAUCAUUGCCCUCACUCUGCUGGAUUUCCGCCUCAAGACCCCAAUGUAUUUCUUCCUCCGUAAUUUCUCUUUCCUGGAAAUUUUAUUUACAACCACCUGCAUUCCCAGAUUUCUAAUCACCAUUGUAACCAGGGAAAAGACCAUUUCCUACAAUGGUUGUAUAUCUCAGUUGUUUUUUUACAUAUUCUUGGGGGUUACAGAAUUUUUCCUUCUGGCUGCUAUGGCCUAUGAUCGCUAUGUUGCUAUCUGCAAACCUUUGCAUUAUACAUCUGUCAUGAAUAACAAAGUUUGUCAUCAGCUCGUACUUAGUUCUUGGGUUAUUGGAUUCCUGGUCAUUUUUCCUCCACUGAUUUUGGGUCUUAACCUAAAUUUCUGUGCUUCAAAUAUCAUUGAUCACUUCAUUUGUGAUAUUUCUCCUGUUCUGCAACUUUCAUGCUCAGACACCCAUUUACUAGAACUAAUUGCUUUUUUCACAGCUGUGAUGACACUCAUUGUCACAUUGUUUUUAGUAAUCCUUUCUUACUGUUACAUCAUCAAGACAAUUCUAAAAUUCCCUUCAGCUCAGCAAAAGAAAAAAUCCUUUUCCACCUGUUCUUCUCACAUGGUUGUUAUCUCCAUCACUUAUGGUAGUUGUAUAUUUAUCUACAUAAAACCAGCAGCGAGUGAAAGGGUUACUUUAAGCAAAGGAGUAGCUGUGCUCAAUACUUCAGUUGCCCCUUUGUUGAACCCAUUUAUUUAUACUCUGAGGAACCAGCAAGUUAAACAAGCCUUCAGAGCUGUAUUUAGGAAGAUAUGCAACUACGAGACAUGA